ACGUCGAGCGUCUUGGGCCCCGCCCACGAGGUGCGCCGGCGCGGUGAGAGCUCUCCGAUUCAGGCCAUGGCGAGGGCGGGUACCCCUGAAGUGAUCCGGGCGGCGCAGAAGGACGAAUACUACCUGGGAGGCCUGCGGAGCGCGGCGGGUGGGGCGCUGCACAGCCUAGCGGGUGCAAAGAAAUGGCUGGAAUGGAGGAAAGAGAUCGAGUUGCUCUCGGACAUAGCCUACUUUGGCCUCACCACAAUUGCAGGCUACCAGACCCUUGGGGAAGAGUAUGUCGGGAUCAUCCAAGUGGACCCAUCCCAGCAGCGCGUGCCCUCCAGGCUCCGCCGCGCAGUGCUGGUUGUGCUGCAUGCUGUCUUGCCCUACCUGCUAGACAAGGCACUGCUGCCCCUGGAGCAGGAGCUGCAAGCUGACAGCGACAGUCCCCGGGGUUCACAGGGCAGUCUGCUACCUGGAGGACGUAGCCAAUCAAGGGCACGGCGCUGGGUACACCACCACACAGCCACCCUGACUGAACAACAGAGGAAGGCCCUCCAGCGGGCAGUCUUUAUCCUGAGACAGGGCUUCGCCUGCCUCCAUCGGUUCCAUGUGGCUUGGUUUUAUAUUCAUGGUACCUUCUACCACCUGGCCAAGAGACUAGCAGGGAUCACUUAUCUCCGCACUCGCCGUCUGCCUGGAGAGGACCAGAGGGCUCGCACUAGCUACCAGCUGCUGGGGCUUAUCUCCCUCUUGCAUCUGGCACUGUCCAUGGGGCUGCAGUUGUACAGCUUCAGGCAGAAGCAGCGAGCCAGGAAGGAAUGGAGGCUGCACCGCAAUCUGUCCCACCGCAGGAGUUCCAUUGAGGACAGAGCAGUGUGCAGAACCCCACUCUGCACCCUAUGCUUGGAGGAUCGAAGACACUCCACAGCCACACCUUGUGGCCAUCUCUUCUGCUGGGAGUGCAUUACCGAGUGGUGCAACACCAAGACAGAGUGCCCCCUGUGCCGGGAGAAGUUCCCACCCCAGAAGCUGGUCUACCUGAGGCACUACCGCUGACAGCUCCAAGAAGUGGAUGGAAGCUCAUGGAAGUUUCUCCUCAGAGCUGUGGCUACACAGGAGUAUAAAACCUCCACACUUCUCAUCACAUAAGCUACUACAGAUACCUGGAAAGGGGGCCAGGCACAAGUAGGAUAAAAUCAAUAUGGGUGUGGGAGUUUGUUGCACGUAAUUUAUGGCUUCAGUCUCUGGAAAUAGUGGGCUCCCCCUCCCUUCUCAAGCCACACAGCUGAGAACUGCAGUUCAGAACUCAGGAUGUUUUACUCAGGUCUGUAAAGAGGCAGCUGUGGGGCUAUAAGAGGCAGGGCUCAGGUUAGGCCAGAAGCGAAGCACAACACUCUGGGCUCACCAAAGUCAGGACCCCUCUACAACACUUAACCACACGCUUAACCCGUGUGGCCGAUUCCUUAAGGAAACAAAGGUCUGGGCUGGACAGAUGCCUCAGGCUAAGAGCACUGGAUAUUCUUCCAGAAGUCCUGAGUUCAAUUCCCAACAACCACGUGGUGGCUCAGAAGCAUCUAUACUGGGAUCUGAUGCCCUUUCUGACAUGCAGGGAGAACACUAUAAUAUGUAAUAAAUAAAUCUUAAAAAGAAAAAAAAAAAAAGAAAAUGAAGGUCUUCAUCUUGGCCUAGUGGGUAGGAAGGGAGGGGUCUCCCUGAGUUGCAGAUUUUUUAAAACUGUAUUAGGUUGCACACGUGCCACUGCACAUGUGUAGCAAUCAGAGAACUUGUAGGAGUCAGUUCUUUAUAUCAUGUAUUUCAGGGAUCAAAUUCCAGUCGGGCUGGGUAUCAAGCAAGCAACUUUACUUGUUGAAUGUCUGACCUGGCAGAGUUGGCUUGAGUGAGCUUUCUCCUAUAAACCAAUUUCCGUGCAUCUUCAGAUAGCUGUUCUCUGAGGAAGUUAAGUGAGUCAUGUCUGCUUGGAGGCCAGGUAAACAAGUAUCCUGCCUACCAAUGUCACUGCCAAAUCCAGCUCCCUCUUGGCUUGUCACUAGCUUGUUUCUUGCCUCCAUUUGACAUUUCCAAGCUUUUUGUUUGUUUGUUUGUUUGUUUGUUUUGAGACAGGGUUUUCUCUGUGUAGCCCUGGCUGUCCUGGAACUCACUCUGUAGACCAGGCUGGCCUCAAACUCAGAAAUCCGCCUGCCUCUGCCCCCCAAGUGCUGGGAUUACAGGCAUGCGCCACCACGCCUGGCUAUUUCCAAGCUUUUAAAAUGAAUUCAAGUAGAGACAGCCUAGCAUAUCUUUAAGAGACUAAUUCCACAGAAAAGGUACAUUAAGAACAGAAGCUCUAGCUGGGUGGUGUUGGCACACACCUUUGGUCUCAGUAUUUAGGAGGCAGAAAAGGUGGAUCUCUGUGAGUUGAAGUCUACAGAGCCUAGUCUACAGAGUGAGUUCCAGCACAGCCAGGGUCACACAGAGAAACCCUAUCUUAAAAAUUAAAAACAACAAACACAAAAAACCCCAGGAGAUCUAGGUCUAGAUUUCAUAAAACAGUGUGAAGACAACUUGAUAGAACUUUUGGUCUACAAGCAGUGAGUAGGGCUGAAGCCCAGCCACCAGCAGUGCUGUUUGACGCCAUCAUGCUCCCUGUGAAGGUCCCCUUACCAAGAGCAGGACUCAUCCCUCUAGAAAGGGCAGAGGACCAGGACUGACCAAAGGUAGCUUCAGUUAGCCUAUGGGAAGACAAAGUCUGUAGGAACCUGGAACAUAGCUACAGAUAACCUGCAGGACCCCAAUUGGAACUCACAUUGCUCUGGCCAGGUAGACCUAACUUUCUUUCCAGCACACCAGAGUCUAGUCAGGAAAACAAUGGGGGAAAUGUAAACAAAAACAUUCAGGGUUUAAGCCCCAAAUGCUCACAUGGUUAAAAAACCAAACUUACUUAGAACGUUAGAAAAUGACAUUAGGUGUACAAAAUGUAACAUCUAAAAGGAGCAUCAGAAUGUCUGCAAAGGGAAACCCAGGCGGCUGACUUACUCAGUAUCUAACACCAUUGGAUGGAUGGAUGGAUGGAUGGAUGGAUGGAUGGAUGGAUGGAUGGAUGGAUGGAUGAGAAACACCUCUUAGUGGGAUCUGAAUAGGUCACAGCCUGGGAGAUUGGAGAGCCUGCCAGUACUGGACAGCCUGUCCCUCCUGUACCUGUGGUGUCUGCUGUCCUGGUGCUAACUGGCCCAGUGGCUCCCUUGCAAUAGCUGUGGCAAGCAAGCUGGCUUCAGUGAGGUGGACUCGUAGUGUCAACGAAGGCUAUACAAGCAAGGGACACUGUCUUUAAUAAAGUUGGGAUUUAAAAGUCA